GAUUAUGCGAUAUGUUUUUUGUUUGUUUGUUUGUUUGUUUUAGCUAUUUCUUAAAAAUACAUCAACUAUUUGCUCACUGAAUCAUAAAAAUGAUUUGGUGGCACAUGCUGAUCAUGUUUCUAACAAUGGUAUUUGUUGUGUUCCUUUAAAACUUUUUUCUAACAUAGGCUGAGUACAAAGCAAAGUUAUUGUCUGAUCCAGAGAGAGUUUCUCAGAGCUCCUCUGGUGAAGCCACCACCUACUUUGUUUUCAGUUCUCAGCCCGUUGCUAGGAACGCAACGGCUGUUGCUAGGCUAAGGACCCCUGCUCACGUGUGUCCACAGAAAAGCCGGUUUUGAAGUUAGCAUUAAAUUUGAAGAAAUUAUACACAAAAAAAAUCGUUGUUUAAAAUAAGCUACUAAAAGGUCGCACUUAUAAAUCAUAAAAACAUAUGCGUGGACUAAAACUACAGCUUGCUCACCGCCCUUGAGAGAAAACUUACCGAUGCUAACAGCUCCGAACUUCCGCGUUGGUCUCCACCGUUAGCUUGCUGCCGUCCACAUGAACUCAUAUCAUGUUUUGGAGCUGGUGGGAGAAGGCUCGUUUGGCCGAGUUCACAAGGGAAGGAAAAGAUUUACUGGCCAGGUUGUGGCUCUAAAGUUCAUGCCAAAGCUGGGUCGUUCUGAAAAGGAGCUACGAAAUCUCAAGAGGGAAAUUGACAUCAUGAGGGAUCUUCAACACCCGAAUAUUGUCCAACUCUUUGACAGCUUUGAGACUGAAACUGAGGUUGUGGUUGUAACUGAGUAUGCAGAGGGCCAGUUGUUCCAGAUUCUAGAGGAUGAUGGGAGCUUACCAGAGAACCAGGUCCGUGAGAUUGCCUGCCAGCUGGUCUCAGCUCUGUAUUAUUUACACUCCCACCGCAUUCUUCAUCGUGACAUGAAACCACAAAAUAUCCUCCUAGGAAAAAGUGGUGUGGUGAAGCUGUGUGACUUUGGGUUUGCCAGAGCCAUGAGUGUCUCCACCUUGGUGCUGACUUCUAUCAAGGGAACACCACUGUACAUGUCUCCUGAGCUGGUGGAGGAGAAACCAUAUGAUCACACUGCUGAUCUCUGGUCUCUGGGCUGCAUCCUUUAUGAGCUCCACACGGGGGCGCCGCCGUUCUACACUAACUCCAUCUUCCACCUGGUGCAGCUCAUUGUGAGGGACCCAGUCAAAUGGCCCGAGACUAUGAGCGACACCUGCAUGAGUUUCUUGAAAGGUUUGUUGACCAAAGACCCUCAGAAACGGUUGUCAUGGCCAGACCUCCUCCACCAUCCGUUUGUUGCUGAUGGUGUUCUAGUGCUGUCAGACACAAGCCUUUUCAGUCCACUGACAGUCACGCCCAGUCCAGAUGUGCUGGCGCAGAAAAUUAAGCAAGUGGCAGAAAAGUCUGUACCGACUUCUAGCGGGAGCAGAUUGCUGCGAAGGGCGAGGGAACAGAGGGAGAACGGUAACAAAAGGGAACCUUCAGGCACUGACAGUACCAAAAAGAAGGAUGGAGUGGGGAAUGAAAAGGUCACCUCUACGAUGGCAGCAGCAUCCCCUAGAGUGAAAACCCCCAGCAGCAUCCCUAAGCCCCCUUCCAGUGAUGGCUCUGUUAUGUCAGGUCCAGUGAUCGCCAGCCAGAGCAUCAAAAAGAUUCAAGCCAGCACAACACCAAAACCCAGGAGUCAGAUCAGCAGAGACUUGGACUUCUGUUCAGGAGAUGAUCUGCAUUCCUUUUUGUCUGCGGUGCUGUUAGUCUUUACCAAGGAUCCAUACUCAUGCGUUCCUCUGUUUUCUGAGAAUGGAUCAAAAUGUUUAUACACUCUUGGCCUGCUGCUGGGCACUGACUGUCUUCAUUUGUUUGCCAACGGCAAUCCUGGGAGACCCGAGGUGGAUCUGAGUCACGACAGCUUAUCUGCAUUGAGCUGCCACUUAUUAUGUUUUCCGUUUGCUCUGGACCUGCCUUCACACACCAUGUCCACAAUUCUCCAGUUGUAUGACAGCUGUGGUAUUGCUGCAAGCCUCCUGCAGGUAAUUCAAACUCUUCCCCCUCCACUGCUAGAGCUGCCUCUCUCCCUGCUGAGCCGCUUGGUCCUGUGUGAUCCCCAGCGUUCUGUUGCCCACCUCAGAAAAGCUGCUUCUGGCUUUUUCUCAGCACCACAGGACAGCCAGCUCACAUCCGCCGGGCAUCAGCCUCCUCUAACCAGAACUGCCAGCUCUCUGCUCUGUGAGUUACUGCAGCUGGAUGAGCUGUGGGACUCUGCGGUGGAGCUUCUUACUCUGCUGUCCCAAGUCGCUCGUUGUCCCCCUUCGCCUGCCUCCCUUCAGCUUAAUGUGGAAGCCUCGGUGCUGCAGCAGGCUCUGACUCACGCUUACGACCAGAUCAGGGCGGCCACAUGCAGACUUUUGGGAAAUUUGCACCCAUUCAGGCCUCCUACACCAGACACACUGCAACUUAACAUUUUCAAAGGCACGAUAGGCUGUCUGCAUGAUUCCUUCAUGCCUGUCCGAAGAAUGGCUUGCAGGGCAGUCGGAAACUGGCUGGGCUAUAUAGCAGCAACGUUUGAAAAGGGCAGUGGAAGUACAGGUUGGGGAAAAGAGAAGGCGCAAAAUAAACUCAGGUGUUUAGAUAUUGAGGAAGCAUGUGAUUUGGAAGCAAUAGCAGAGCAGGCAGUUGAUGAUGAGGAGGUGAGAAGGUGGACAGAGGAAGCCAGGAGGACGGCGACCUUGCUGGCCGCUCUGAUCACUGACCCCGACGCCAUCACACGCCGUCACUGUUGCACAGCCCUGGGAAACCUGGUAAAAGUCGACGCCGCUGUACCCUUGUUGUUGGAGGAAGGUGUGCCCAGCUUACUUCUGAGAGCCGCAUGCACCGAUUCCCAUAAUGCAGUGAGACAAGCUGCCAUAGCAACUCUGAGCCUGUACACCCAGCAGGACGCAAUACGACAGGUCCUGAUAUCUCUGGAUGCCACUAAGAAACUCCUUCAGGCUUCACAUCAGGCUCCUCCACAGUGUGACAUCCAUCAGCUCAUUGGGCAGCUGCAAGCGAGUCCAGCUCACCAGAAAUGAAAGAAGAUUCCAAUCUUUCUCCUCCUCUCUCUAGAGUGCUUUCUCCUAUAUGAACCAGUGUGUUAAAGAACUACUGUACAUAAUCAUCCCCCUUUAUUUUUCCCUCAUAAUAAAUAAUGACAGAUUUGUUUUUUUAUUGUUAGAAUUUUGCAGACAAAAAAUCGACUUAGUGCAAUCGAAAUUCCAUGCAAACGACUUUUUCCCCCUCCUUUUUAAUUAGGGAGGGUUUAUUUAGUUUUUUGGGUUUUUUUUCUACAUUCCUUCCUCACUAUAAUCUACUAAUAUUAAUUAAAUAGUCGCUACAACA